CAGGAACAGAAAGUGAAGACUUGUCAAGAUGUCUGGGUGAGGGGGACCAGAACAGAGCAGAAGCCAGAUGCCAAAACAGAAUCAACAGAAGUUUGAGCAGCUGACUGGAUUAGACAGGAGGGGAGAGCUGACCUGCCGCUUCACAAGUGCCUGUGGGACACACCCAAAUUGAACCAGCUCGCCACAACUGGAUUAAACUAAACUGAAAGUUCAAGAGGACAAGAGAAGAAGGAGAGCAGGACAACAGCUGCUGGAAUGCCAAGCAGCUUAAACGAACUUGGAUGAAGUGCAAAUUUCGGCUUCUUCCUCCUUCAUUGAGACCAGGCUCAUCGCAAGUGGCCGAUUUCAAAGAGAACCUUGUUAUAAACAAACAUCUUUCGGGUGUGUUUAAAGAAUGCCUUGGCUCUGUGAACGCCCCUCCGGACACUUUAAAGGAAGGAGGCAUGGAUGAAGUCCACCUCCGUACUUCCAGCGUCUCCAUUUAACAUAAACAGCACAAGCCCGAGCACACACUCAGGUCUCAUAGAUAGAGCUGUGUUUCAGGGCAACUGUCCAAACUGAUCAUCGUGAGUAGAAACAUCUGACCCGACAGCUGUUGGAUUGGUGGACGUUUGAUGUUUUGCUGAACAUUAAGCAUAAAAAACUUCGUAUCUCACCACUUUAAAGCCGGAACCAGACUACGCAAAAGGACUUUUAUCUUGAAUUAACACUAUAUCGUAAUUAUUUUGGAGUCUCCCGCACCCUAAAAUGCACAUUUAUUAACUUACACACUUCACAGGCCUCUGGAGGAUUUACUAAAUCUUUACAGCUGCCACACAGACUCAUCUAAAAGGAGCUCCGUCUCUGAAGGCCAUGGACGGGAAAACAGACAGCAUCCAGGAUUUUUUCAACCAGCUUUGGAGCUUCGCUUCGGACAAACACCACCAGGGGGUCUACAACACGGUCUGCCUGGUGGUCCUCCUGACUCUUCCCUUGCUGGUCCUCCUCACCACGUUGGUGGUGUGCUGCCACUGCUGCUGCUGUCGCCAUGCCAACGGCUGCUGUUGCUGCUGCUGCUGCAGAGACGCCAUGGCAACGGCAAGGUCAGAAACAAAGAAGAAGAAGAAUUCGGCCAACAACACCGAAGACCUGUGGAUCUCUGUCAAAACGGGGCCGAUGACACCGGACAGGGUCGCCCUGGCCAUGGUGUAGAAGGUCGCUGUUAGUUUAAGAUCGCUGAUCCCGGGUCAGUUGGUGCAGUGGAGCUGAUGGAGCAUCUCAAAAGUGUAAAACUGGCUUGGACUGAAAAGGAAGCUGGGACAUUUUUAGAAGCGAUUCACAUUGCAAUGGGCAUAUAUUUGGUUGAAACAUAAACAGUGUACAGAUUCUUGUCAUUUUGUGUGUAUGUGAGCAGUGUUUACAGCAUUUUGUAUGAGCUUUUUAGUGUGUGGUACAGAAAGGAAGAAAUAUGCUAGACAGAGGCAUAUACAGCACAUAUCUGCAAAAUGUGUGUAUGUGUGAGUGGGUCAGAGAGCCAGAGUGUGUGUGUGUGUGUGUGUGCGUGUGUGAGUGGGAGAGAGAGAGAGAGAGAGAGAGAGAAAAGUACAGUGUUAUUGAGAGCACUUUGUUCUUAGAGCUCCCAUGUGAAAUUCAUUGCAUCUGUAUUUGGGAGAGAGAGCCAAUUUAAGGUCUGCCCAGCGUUCAGACGGCUGCAAUGCUGCCGACUCUUCACAAUCAGCCUGCAAUCGGGGCUGGUGAUUGACUCUCACUUUCUAAAUUGGCAGCCACUGACGUCCAAAAAGUUGAACUCGUGGGAUGCAGAAAGAAAACCAGGGCUUCUUUCAUUUUGAUUUCUCUCCUGCUCUCACCCUGUUUGUUUUAAUAUGAUACAGCGCAGGCCACAGGAGAGACACAUCUCCCAGUCCUGGUUUUUAAGAGUGUCGCAGGAUUGUGGACCGAAGGCCAAACCCACACUCCAAAUGUAAGAAAACCAGUAAAGAAUAAAACUAUAAUCUUCCCAAAAUGAAAAACAGAUCUUUGAAUUCAACACUAGAGAACAGCCAUAUUGUAUAAGUCAGUGAUGUUUUCUGGGACUGUAUUUUUAAUGAAGUUUUGGAUUUAAGUGAUCAAAUAAAAAAAAUCCUCCUCCUUUA